GACGUUCAUUCACUGAUCUUUUCUCGGAGUUGUGUAAACCCUAGAAGUAGCCGCUCUCCUUCUCUUCCCCCUCUCUAGUUUCCGUGUUUCAAUGGCUUCCGCUGAGGUUGAGUAUAGGUGCUUCGUCGGCGGUCUUGCGUGGGCCACCGACGACCAGUCCCUCGAGAGGGCCUUCAGCCAGUUCGGUGACAUCAUUGACUCGAAGAUCAUCAACGAUCGCGAGACCGGGAGGUCCCGCGGCUUCGGGUUCGUCACCUUCGGCAACGAGAAGUCGAUGAGGGACGCGAUCGAGGGCAUGAACGGCCAGAACCUCGAUGGGAGGAACAUCACCGUCAACGAGGCCCAGUCUCGUUCCGGCGGUGGCGGUGGCUUCAGCCGCGGUGGUGGCGGUGGAGGCGGGUACGGAGGUGGCCGCCGUGAAGGAGGUGGAGGCUACAACCGCAGCAGCGGGGGCUACGGCGGAGGCCGUGACCGCAGCUACGGCGAUGGUGGAUACGGUGGCGGCGGCGGCGCCAGGUACUCCAGGGGCGGCGGUGACUCCGGCGGCGACUGGAGGAACUGAGUUUGUCGGUGCUGCUUUGGUUUUUUAAGUUGGCUUUUGUGAUGUGAGGGCUUAGCUGGGUCCGGUGUCGUGGUUUAUGGUUAUGGUGACGUUGUGGUUUCAUGUUCGGUGUUUCUCUGCUUUUUUGAUCGAUGUUGCGAGAAGGAAUCAAAAGAAAUGAAGUAUAGAUCUUCGUUCCCAA